GGCCAUCAUGUUACUAAAAUUUGCAUUAUUAAUAUCCUUGACAAGUAUUUAUUUGGCUGAUGCAUCAAGAAUAUUAGCCGUAAUUCCAACUGCUUCCUACAGCCAUCAAAUUUUCUUCCGUCCACUUUGGAAAGAACUUGCCAAACGUGGUCAUGAGGUUGUUCUUAUUACAACAGACCCAAUGCGAGAUCACAACAUUACGAACCUACGAGAAAUCGACAUCAGUAAUGUGUACGAUUAUCAGAAAACCGUUACGAUUCAAGAUAUCAUCAAGGUGAACAAACUCAGCAGCAUUCGAGUGACACAAAGCAUAGGACUGUUAAUGACGCAAUUGUUUCUGUCUCACCCAGAAGUAAAACAACUGUUUAAGAACCCCAACGAACAUUUUGAUUUGCUAAUGCUGGAAACAGUAUUGUUGGGGGUAAAAGCCUUUAAACAUCGAUUUGCAGAAACUUCACUUAUCUACAUGUCUUCAUUGGAUGUGCAUCCGGAUGUUCAUGAGAUGGUGGGCAAUCCAAAUCAUAUGAUUCAGUAUCCGUAUUAUUUUUUGCCUUUUGGUGAAGGGAUGGAUUUUGUUGGAAGAUUGCUUACAAACGCAAUUGUUAGGAUCUCGAGAGCAUAUAUGUAUUAUAUAAUUACACCACAGAUAGAUGCAAUUAUUAGAGAGGUCCUAGAAGUGGAUUAUCCUAGUGUGAGAGAGGAAGUUCAAGUGGACAUGGUUUUUACAAAUAGUAAUCCGUUGUUUAACUCGGUCAGACCUUUCUCUCCAGCUACAAUUUCACUUGCAGGAGGUUUACAUGAAGCACCUAAAUCGGAAUUACCUACGGAUAUAAAAGAAUUCUUGGAUAGUGCUCCCAAAGGUGUAGUUUAUUUUAGUCUUGGAUCAAAUGUUAAAUCUAAAAAUAUUCAUCCUGAUACUCGCAAAGUGAUUUUAGAGACUUUAAAGCAAUUACCAUACAAAAUACUCUGGAAAUUUGAAGAUGAUGAAUUGCCCAAUAAGCCUGAGAAUGUAAUGAUUGCGAAGUGGGUCCCACAACAAGAUGUCCUCCGGCAUAAAAAUAUUAAACUGUUUAUAACGCAAGGAGGGUUACAGUCAUUAGAAGAAGCUUUUUACGUUGGUGUGCCAGUUGUAGUUAUGCCAUAUUUUGGUGAUCAGGGUUCAAACGCUAGAAGUGUGGUGAGGAAAGGUUUAGGUCUGGAAGUAAGUCAUCGUUCACUGACUGUUGAAGACUUUAAAUCAGCUGUGUUGGAAGUUGCUACUAAUGAUAAGUAUAAGAUCAGAAUAAAGCAACUUACAGAGAUUAUAAAAGAUGAACCAAUGAAGCCGUUGGAGAAAGCUGUGUGGUGGACUGAGUAUGUUUUACGACACAAGGGAGCUCAACAUUUGAAUGGGGCAAGAAUACCAAUGUGGCAAUUUUAUUAUCUGGACAUAAUUGCAUUUAUUGGGGUAAUGUUAUUCGGUUUAAUCUGGGGACUAGUAAAACUUUGUUGUACGAUUAGAAACUUGUGUAGGAAGAGGGUUUUUAUAAAAAAAGGUAAAAACAAAAGAGAAUAAAAAAUACAAGUUUAGAUUCAA